UAGAUUGCUUUGCUUCUGCAAGUUCAAAUACUUCCAGAAGUUUCUGAGAUACAAAACACUAAUUGAGUAACGUUUGAAGGAAAAUGCAAGAUUCUAGUGACAAGAAUCGCCAAAGCUGGCACCGCCAUCGUGAGCCAUACUCUGGAACUCUAGGCUUGAGCGGUAUGGAUGAGGACUACGUAUCUAUUGCCAAAGCUGGAGAGGACAAGAAGGACGACCAUGUGUCGGCCAUGAAGGACACGAAGGAAAAGGGAUUAGAAUACGCGUGGAUGGCAGGAGAUGGUGGAAAGGAAGAAGUAGAUAGUGUUGCAAUUAACAUCAGUGAUAUUGCAACGAGUUUUUUGGAGGAUCCAGGGGAGAAGCAGAUGAUCACCAAUUUGUUUGUCAGUCAAGGUUUUGAAGGUAAGGAUAUCAUUGGGAAGGAGAAGAAGGAUAGCGUCGUGUCUGGUAUGGAGGACAAGAAGGAGAGAGAAGUGGAUGAUAUUUCCAGGAGAGUUCUUACCAGAGAGGUUGAAGCUGUUGAAGAGAAGCAGGAGUAUCUUGGUGUUAAUGAUGGCAAUCUCUUCAGCAAGAUAGGUAAAGGAAUGCAAAUGGAGAAUGAGAAGCAAGUCGAUAGGUCUGGAAAAUGGCACGUUCUUUCCGAUUCGAAGGAUAACCAUGAUAACAAGCGUGAUGAUUCUGUGUCCAAUGGAUCUAAACAAGAUAGUGAUGAUGAAUUUAGUUUUGAUUCCGACGGCGAAGGCGGAGAGGAAGAGAAAUCUAACAUUCAGAAAGCUUCCCCAUCGAUUGUCAAGGCGUUUGAUAUGGAUCUUCUGCGCUACUGUAUUUCAAAGGGAGAAGAAAGUGUGCUCAACAUUGAUGGGAGGGAUGUGAUUGUAAUUGUAGGCAAGACAGGUACUGGAAAAUCGACCCUUAUUCAAGGCAUCGCUGGAAAACACUUCAAGAAGUUGUCCUUUUCAAGUGGUGGGGCGGUAUCUAAGAGUAUUUUUGAAGCUGAAGAUCCCGUAUCUGGUUUUGAGAUUGGGCACGCCAAGGUAUCCAUGACAAAGUAUAUUAAAUGUUUCUUUCGCAAGGGAGGUACGGAAGAUGAAGCAGUUUAUCUCGAUACACCUGGAUUCGAGGAUACAGAUGGAGAGGAAGUAGAUAUCGCCACUUCUGUUAUGCUGGCACAAGUAGCAAAGAAGAGUCGCUCCAUGAGAUUUGUGAUGAUGAUCAACUACGUGUCAUUGCUCGAAGAUCGUGGCGGAGCUAUUCGUUCAGUCCUAAAAUUGAUGCGCAAUUUUGUUACAGAUUUCAAAAAGGAAAGGACGAGCUUCAUGUUUCUAUUUUCCCAUGCUGAUGAAAUAAAAGAUGUGCCAGAUUCAAUUAUCGGAGCAAAGAAAAGUCUUUUAGAAGAAAUAAUUCGCACCAUCAGCGGAACCAAGGACGAUGGUGUGAGAGACCUUUUGACAUUUAUUCGCAAGUCCUUAGAAAAAGGAUAUCCUUUCGUGGACGUGUUGCAUCCGCUGAAGACCGACUACAGUUUGCUAGUCAAUUUUAUGGAGUGUAAGUUAAAGCCAACUAAGAGGAUGAUUGUCGGUAAUGGAGGGUUCGGAUUGACGCUUUCAUCCCAGAUGAAAUUGACUGGAGCAGCACAAAAGUUGCUUCGAGCUUUACGAAUACUGCUGAAUCGUGGUGAUGUGGAUAUCAAAGAAGUGCAAGAAAUCAGAAGUUCUUUCGAAUACUUUAAGAAAUACAUUGAUUUUGAAGACAUGCGAGCAGCUGUAAAGGACUGCGACGAAAUUUUAUGCGACCAUGUGGCGUAUCUUCGGAGUGUUGUGGACCGAGAAGUUGAAGCUGGAACGAGUUCCGAAGUUUCCUUCACUGAGGUGAAUAUUGCUUACCUCCAGGAUGCUUUGUCCCAACUUGUUGCCAUUGAUUCGUCAUUCAACAUGGAUAUUCAAUCGAACAUAAUUGUUUCCGAGGUUACCAAGUUUCAAAAAGGACUGUUUACUAAUCUUGCACGACGCAACUUUGAUGGUUUUCACCAGGACCUGACGAAGUUGAAGGAAUGGUGUGGGUUCAGUUCAGAUUUUCGGGUGCUUGUCGACCCUUUGAUUGACCACGCCACGAUGAUUGCGAAGAAAGCUAAAGAUGAGGUUUCUAACUUUGCUGUGACUAAUAUUUUUUCAUCUUCAGAAGCAACGCUGAGUAAUCUUUUCUCCGAAUUGAAGGUGUUGGAAUCAAUUCAUCGGAAUGAGCGAGGGCUCUCGGUGCAUCUGGGCAUUGUUUCCCAGGCUCUAGACUCUUUGAAAUCAUUUUCUAUUGUCUUGCAAUCUCACCUAAGGGACUGGAAUGCAGAACUUGCCCAAGCAGGAGGGAAACAAAUCGACUUUAGGAACGAACGAAGCAUGGAAGUUAUUGCUACACAAAUUGCCAAUCUGGAAAGAGUUGCGAAUCUUUCCAAAGUCUCUCAGUUGGAAAAUGAGAUUUUCCACUCCAUUGAGUUCGUUCGCAAAACGAUACAUUCCCAAAUAAUGGGAAAGUGUUCUACCAUUUGCUCUGGUUUGAAAAACACCGAUUAUGGACGCAACGAAGAAUGGUUGGAUGGGUUGAGUAUGUUUCGUAACGCGGUCACGUCAUUUUCGACUUUGGAAAGUCCUAGCGUGAGACAGAUGGAAUCUUCUUACGCCGCCAUCCGAGACGAAAUGAAGUCUCAUCUGAAGACGAAAUAUGGUGAAUUGGACGAGAUGUCGCAAAAUGCUGCUACUCACGGUCUCAUUGAUGGAGCGCGAGAAGGUGAUGCUGUUUGUAACUUUAAAAGGUACUUGUGGUUUGAUGACUUCCUUCCAAUAGAAGAAUGUUUCGUGCAAAAUUGUUUCACUAAACUGAUGUCCGAUUACUUUCGAGUCGUAACUACAGAUUUUGAAACUCUGGAGGCCCUAUUGUAUUGGCUUGCCAAUUGCCAUGGAGAUUCUGUUGAUGCGACUCAUGAAUUGCGACAGGUAUUUUCAACGAUCUUAGAAUGGGGAAUAUUUGGUCGCAAGGUCGAAAAUGAAGAACUUACUACUGGUGUAGCUGGGCUAGUGGAAAAGAUGAACUACUAUGUUUCCAAAAGGAUUUACAGUUGGGAGGAGGUUCUGACGAAAUGGACAGGCGUGAUCUCUUUUGAAAGCAUUGUUUGGGAGCAAGUGACAGUCGCGACAGAAUCUUUGAAUGCUGUUCUUGGCGAGAUCUCAGAGAUAAUCGAAAUCGAAUGUCGCGAAGACAUUAAAGAAGACGUAAAGUCAAUGAAAGAACAGAUCAUCACGGCCAUGGAUAUUUUUAAGGAAAAUACGGAAUUGACUCUUGAUGAUUCCUUGAUUAGCUACGAUGAAAUAGCUACAUCCCUUGCUCGGGUUCAAGCCUUGGGAGAUUUCCCACUCACGUCACCUCAUCUCCCAAGAUUUGAUACCAUACAAGAAUAUGCACAAAAGCGAGUAGCGAAUGAAGCGAGAAAGAUUGCAGAUAUGGUUGAGCAGACAUCUGAAUUUGAUAAGAUCGACCUCCUUCUCCUUCAAUUUGAAAAAGCACAGAUAUUAGAUAACUUUGUUCAUCAAGAAGUGAGCAACCAUCUUCGUCCACUCAAACGCCUCCGUACAGAAAGAGAGAUAGACGUGAAUGACUUAAUCAUGGCGCAGAUCGAAAGGGAAGAUUUUGCGGGUCUAAACUCACUCUUGCGACCAUUGUCAAAAACCAAAGACCUGAUUCAGAAAGAAAAAUUUAAAAAUUACGUGUCAAAAAUUGAUGAACGUAUCCUAGAAACACACAAAAAGUUAUCAAGUAUAUUCUGUGGAACAUUGACUGACGACAAAGCCCAGAAGAUUAUUGCGUGUGUAAAAGUUCUUGAACAGGCGAACGAAGAAGUCGGAGAAUAUCUACCGAAGGGGACGAGAAUCAAUAAGAAAACGACUUCGUGGAAACGAAAAGUCAAUGGAAAAGUCGAGAACAUGAUCCGCCGUAUGAGGUUUGCAAUCAAACGAGUCGAUUUCAUGGAGUUGGCGCGAACAAGAGAAAAAAUUACGAUUGCAUCAAACCACUUCUCGCCUUAUCUCAUACACGAAGUCGAAACAGGGAUGAAAGAAGUUGAUAUGAAGUAUUCCGAGUUAACAUUAUCCGUGCCAUUGCAUAUUAACAAAUUUAUCGAAGGCUGGUUCAGCGAAUCAAAGGAAAUUCAAAAGAUCCUUGAUGGAUUGAAGUCUACAACAAAUCUGAAAGAUGAUCCUAUCUUCACCGAUUUAUCUCAACUUUAUAAUGAUAAUGCGAAGCUUCUACUAGAACAAGUGAACGAACUGGUUCAGACUACGAAAGACUCAGUCACAGAAGCUCAAUGCUACGAUGAUUCCAUAGCAGUGCUUCAGAAUUUAAAACGAUCUCUUGAUAGCGGUCUUGAGAGGCAUCUUCCACAAGAGAUCGGCGACGAUUGUGAUCAAACAAUAGCACGUUAUGAAAAGGCUCGGAAAAGAGAAUUAAGAGUCGACUUCGAAGUUGUAUCAGCAGAAGCGAAAUUCAAAAAAUUAGCGAUGCAGAUGGACAAAUUGGAUCCAGAAUCUACUGGAUUCUUUACUAUCUUACACAAAUUUUCUGGGCGCAAAACUUAUGACAAUCUCAAGAGAGAGAUUUCCGGUAAGGUACAACAUCAUUAUCGGAAAGGAAUAGAAGCGCUGCAGCGACGGGACUACAACACUUUGAAUGACAGUCUGAACCAGAUGGCCAUCAUGAACAAAACAAUUGUUAAACACGUUCCCUUGGUAUCCUCGAAGCUUCAAGAGUUGAAUGAAAAAACUCUUACCGCGUUCCAGUCGAUAUGCAAAAAUUCACAAGAAGCUCUUCAAUCCGAUAACUGUCGAGCUUUUGAGCCCUUAUUUGCUGACUAUAGCGGUUUUGUGAUCAGCGUCACUACCCUAAUGAAGGAUGACCGUGCGACCAAGACCUUUAGUCUUACUAAUCAACUAGUCUACGAGAGGAUGGUCAAAGAAGUAUCUUCUGUCGAAGACGAGUUAAGUACUUUUGAAUUUAAUGUCAUGAAGCAAAAGAUCGAAGAAGUCAGGGCAUUCGGUGGUUUUAUUGCAGAUCGAUUUUCAAUAUUCCACGAGCAAUUGAAAGGGGUAUUCCAUGUAAAGAGUGAUAGAUGGCUAGGUUUGCUUCGAGGCAUGAUUACGACGCAUUUCCAAAAUGGUCGUGACUUGAGAAGACUCAAAUUUUAUGCUAUCCUCGGACUCCCUCCAUCUGCAUCAAAGAAAGAGAUCAGACAGGCGCACGAAGAACAAGUGAAGAUUCUGGUUGAUUCCCCAAAAAACACUGACUCCAUUUCGAAAUUAGACCAGAUGAAAGAAGCUAUCAGUAUGUUAGAAAAUGAGGGUGUGGUUGAAUACAAUUCUUCUUCCAAGCCAUUCGACGAGCAAGUGCGAGGUAUAGGAAACCGUUUGAGGGAAACUACCCGUGAGGCAUUGAAAGAACAGCAUUAUGAUCUCAUCGAAAAGCUGCUUUUCAAGUUGCAAGGUAUAGAUGCCAUCGGAGAUCUUGUUAGUCCUAAACUCGACACUUGCAGAGUCAAAGAAAGUGUAGUUGAGCUUGUAAAAAACCAUGUAGAUAGGAUUCGGGUUGAAGUCAUGAGCAACUGGUCGCAACGGAUGUAUCAAGAUUUAAAUCACAACAUUAGCGACUUGAAGUUGAUGGAAGAACGAUUUAAAUCUCACAAGCAUAUCUUCUCAUCCUCUUGGAAUACUGGAAUCGUGGAUAGUGUUGAAAAAGAAAUAGAGAAGCUGGGAAAGCAUGCUACGUCGCUCUUGAAAACGAGAUCAACCGCAAACGAAAGUCGCGAUGAGUUCCGUCGAUGCUUUAUGAGAAUGGGUGCUGUAUUAGUUGAGUUGCCUCAGUUCAAGGAUCAUACGAAAGAUGUUAUGUCGGAUGUUCUUGGAUCGUGUCUAAACUCAGACUGGGGAUAUGGUUUUGUUUUUGAUCUAGGCUUGAGUCUACAAAAAGGAGAAGAUACAAACGAUGACGACGAGGUUCGUAUUGCCCAAAAUCUUGUGACUGAGUUCGGACAUUUUAAGGAGGUGCUGACAAUGGUAUGGAAUGAGGAAACAAUUCAAAAGCCACCUGAAGCUACAGUCAAGGAUAUUCGAGGCGAGAAUUUGGAAAAAGAAAAGAUGACUGCAAUCCCGCUUGAUAUAAAAUCUGAUCAGUUGCUGCAGCAAUUCUUCGAUUUUGAGACAAAAUACACGUCGUUGCUAGGCGAAUUUUUGGUCCCCGGAGCAGACCUGAAUGCUCUUGUUCGAACCAUAGUUGAUGCUGCCGAGGAGAUGAAACCCUUAUCAUGUGAUGAUGGCUUCGGACCCGAAACGAAACGUGUUUUGCCUGAAUUAAUAGCAGGAGUAUUCUCUCUUUUUACCAUAUUAAAAUCUGGAGACAGCUACAAUCGACUUCAAGACGCCCCAAAUGGACAAUCAGUAGACUCGUCAAAACUUUUAAUGAAGCCUCACAAUAUCCAAAUCCUGACACUAUUGUGUAUGUUUGGAUGUGGGACCUCUGAUUCAAGCUCUCUGCGAAGUCAAUUAAUGCAGAUCCGAACUGGAGAAGGGAAAUCUAUGAUCUUGGGUGCUGCUGCUACCAUUUUUGGACUCCUUGGCUUUCAAGUUCGUUGCAUCUGCUACAGUGAAUAUCUGUCGAGCAGAGACUUUGAGCUAUUUCGUGAUGUAUUUCGACAUUUCGAUCUCCUUGAAUCCAUUAAAUAUAGCAAGAUCACAACUCUUUCAGAGGAAACCACUGCUGCAAAAGGAAAUAUCCGCGAAAUGACCCUCUCUCUGAUAAAUGGGAAUCAAUGUGUUGACCAAAAACCUAUGUCCAAAACUACCAAGAUAUCUAAUUCCCGAGAAGCAGAUGGAAAAGAUUCGAACACCUCUUCAAAAACAAUGAAGAAAAGUUUCGUCGAAGAAAUUAUGCUAGUAGAUGAAGUAGAUGUCUUUUUUGGAUCUGAAUUUUAUGGCCGUGAGUAUUUACUAUCAUUACGAUACCAGAUGACAAUACCCUCAUGUGCUACCAAUAUGUGUGACCUAACAGGAAUCUUUUCCACCUUUUUUUGCAAUGAUUUUGAUAGGAACUUACAAUCAAGUUGCCGAACUCAGGGAACCUGAAGUUGCAACCAUCCUACGAACAAUCUGGGAAGGCCACAAAAGAGGAGGGAGAAAGCUCCGUUUAGCUGAUAUAAAAGCACUCGUCGAAUACACCCAUCUUAGACACAAACUUGCUGGCUAUGAGUUCUUAAUCGACAAUGAAAUUUCAUUAAUGUUGGAUCAAGUUCGACGUGUCGAUGAUGAGCCAAUGUAUCAUUUGGACCGAGUUUCUGAUAGAAUCGGGUACAAAAUUCAGGACACAAUAUCCUACAAUGUGACGUACGGGUACAGAACUAUUUUUGCAUAUCUGAAAGAGGCAGAUAAUGGAAACUUGAAUAAUCCAGCUGGCACCUUAGCUCGAGUUUUAACAAUGCCCAUAUCGUGCGGACAAUUUUCGUAUGCAAACAUUAAACCGACAAGAAUUCUUGGGGUCUCGGGAACCCUAGAAGUAAUGAGCAAUCACCAAAAGAUUGUAUUACAAAAGUACGGAGUCAGUCAAUAUCUCUAUGUUCCUUCUGUAUAUGGACAAUCAAACUUUAGUUUCGAUAAGGGUGGAGAGGGUGUAUCAAUUGAGAAAAGCACUAGCGAUUUUUUCCAAAAAAUUACAGACGAGACUGCGAGAGUCGCAACGAAGCAAAGACGAGCCGUUAUUGUUUUUUUUAAUGAUUCGAAACGUCUCAACGAGUACGUCAAAAGCGCUUUUUAUCGAAAACUUGGGCGAAAGAAAGAGAUACUUACCGAAAGUAAGAAUGCAAACGAGAAAGCUUUCAUCAUUAGCAAGGCUGCUACAGCAGGUCAAAUAACAAUCUGCACUGCUGUAUUUGGGCGUGGAACUGAUUUUUUUUCUAAGGAUGAUGCCUUGGACAACAAUGGCGGCGUCCAUGUCAUCCAGGCAUUUCUUUCAUGUGACAUGAGCGAGGAGGUCCAGAUUCAAGGCCGGACGGCUCGCCAAGGUAAAAAAGGAUCUUACAAGCUAAUCCUCUUGGACAAAGACCUAGAAGAUAAAUUUGGAAUCAAAUGUGGAUCAUUUGGCACGUGGCCCCGGGGACAAUUCUAUGACAGGUUAUGCGAAGCUCGAAAUAAAGCUCUUGAAAGUGACUAUCUGACGAUUGAAAUGAGUCUUUCAAAAGCAAAGACGAAAGAUGAUGCCACUCAUCAGUAUUUUGAUGCCCUUCUGAAUUCGAAUGUCUGUAAAGCAAAAAGUUUAUUAAAGGAAAUAUACUUGAGUAUGAAGAAGAAGCACACUGGUCCAAUGAGUAUCGACCUUGCAAUCGCAAUCGACAUUACAGGAAGCAUGGCUCCUUAUGCCAUUGCUAUUGCUUCCACCAUUCAAAAUUUACUGGCUGGUCAGAAUCCGAUACUUGCUAAACUCACGUCAAAAUUUCCAGAUUCGAAAUUCAAGCUACGGGUUGCUGUUUUGGGAUUUCGUGAUAUUGAUGAUGGAAGCAGACAGUUCGAAGAAAAGCUAUGGGAUGGCGUUACCCAUUUCGGUGAAAACGUAGAAGACACUAUCCGUUACGUCAAAAGUCUCACGUCAUCUACGUCGGGUGGCUCUGAUUUAGCAGAGGAUCAUCUCGGAGCAAUUGAUCGUUGCGUGAAAUGGAAUUCCAGUGACGACUGGAAAGGGAUGAUCAAGGCCAUCUUACUACUGACUGACGCGCCCGCUCAUGGUUACGCCCCAAAUGGAGAUGCAACUCAAAACAUCGAUAACUACAGUGUUCGGCAUCCUCUGGGUCUCACAAUGGAUUCGGUCGUUGAAAAUGUGUUGGACAAAGAUAUUGAUUUGUUCGUUUGCUCUUUUGAUCCGAUUGCUACCCAGAAAUUUGAAGAAAAAAUGUCCGAAGCAUUUAAUAGGCAUCCGUCAAAUGUAGAUGGACGUGAAGUAACUAUGGUUCAACUGGUUCCUAAGACAGCCGUUCAUAAUAAAGCAAGCAGGAUGAUGGGCGAUUCAAGAAAACAUAAUAUUUUCGUCCUAGAUGAAUCUGGAUCCAUGAGUAAUGACUGGUCUGGAGUUGUACAAGUUUACAACAAAUAUUUGGAGAAUCGGCGACAACGUCAGCACGAUUCAGAUUUAAUAUCUGUAGUUCAGUUCAGCGGUACGGCAAGAGUCACUUGUUCCUUAGCAAAGGUCGCCAGUGCUCCUAGGAACUUGGGAUAUAAUGGCGGUGGCACUUGUUUUUCACCGGCAGCAAUAUGUGCGUGCGAUCUUGCCCGUAAGACGCCUCAAUCUCAUCAACCCGUCGUCAUAUUCAUGAGCGAUGGUAUGGCAGAAGAUUCUCAUAUUGCAUCUUCUCAUUUUUUGAGUCUCAACGAAGAAUUGAAGACGCGUUCAGGACUCGACCUCGAACUACACGUGAUCGGAUUUGGUGGGGGUACCGAUACGAGUCAACUCCAGGAGAUUGCUAGGGCAUCGGCGAAUGGUCGAGUGCACACUACGUCGGACAUCGAUAGUCUUUCAAGGGUAUUCGUUCAAAUCUCCGGUGGCGGUGAUAAUGUUUCUAGUGUCUUGGAGGCUGAAAUAAGCAAACGAAUUUCUGAUGCUGUCACGAAUCGGCUGUCGGUUGAAUAUUUUGGGUGAUUAAAAUACUGUAAAGGGUCACACUGAUGAACCUACGAAUUCGAGCUUUUGAGUCGUGUGUAUCAAAAAAUGUUUUGCGCUGAAGACGAUACCGUACCGUAACUUACUACGAAUACCGUUAGCAUACUAGUAGUAGAGCUAUUAAUGGCAAGUC